CAUCGAUUCUGUUUAAUUCACGUUAGAUCGAAUGUGUUACAAAGACACAAAGUCCCCGGAGUGAAGAAAUGGGUAUGGAUAAUGGGUGAAGUGAGUGAGGAGCGGAGAUAUUGGACUGCAAGGCGUGAAUUAGAAAAAGUGAGUUCAGAAGCUCUGAGGUAUCUCGAAACCACCAUAGAUAGAUCGCAAUGGACUAUGGCACACGAUGAAUUUCGUCGAUGGGGUGAGACAUCUACUAACAUGGCCGAGUGUUAUAAUAAUGUGUUGUUAGCUGCGAGGGAACUCCCAAUUAGAGCUAUCGUUGAUAUUACAUUCUGGCGGACCAUCAACUGGUUUGUUAACCGAACGACUCUAGCCAAACAAUGUCAGACGCCUUUGACACCGUGGGCUUGGGAGUUAUUUCAGAAGAAUGACCAACGAGGGAGACGUCAUCAUGUUAGGACUACAAGCAUAGCACGUGGCAUCUAUGAUGUGCUAACCUAUCACAGAGGUCCGGGUAGAGGCCAUAAUAUACAUGUUGUAGAUUACCGUGAAAAGAUAUGCUCAUGUGGAAAGUGGCAGACCUGGAGAAUGCCUUGCUCUCACGCUGUUGCGGUGCUGAGAGAACGCAGUGAUGACAUCUUUAGUCAUGUUGAUACACGAUACCACACAAGUGUUUGGAUUCACCAGUACGCAGCUGUGUUCCGUCCACUGAGACACCAAGAUUAUUGGUAUGAACCUGAAUGGACACUGGAAUGUUCACCAGCACGGCUACUUCCUCGUUCACGUGGGCGAUACAACAGAAGGAGGAUACAAAACCAAAUGGAUGAGCGCGAAGAAGAUGCGCCAAGAGCGCCUCCUCGAUGCCGCAUUUGUGGAGAGACCGGCCAUAAUAGAAGAAAGUGCACUUUAGGACGUGUUGUGUAGUUAUUUUAUGUUUGAGAAUCGUGAUUGAGGGUUGGAUUUUAUUAUGUGUUUGAACCAAGAUUGAGCCUGAAAUGACAUUGUUAAGUAAUAUUGUUUACAAAAAAUUCGACAGAGUUUACUUUAUUUA